ACAAUUUUAGGUCAUUCAUUUGUUCGCUGAUAUUCGAGCUCGUUGCUGUAUCGCGCUUUUUUUUUUACUACUUACCUACUGUAAAAAUGUGAAUCGAAGGGGUUUUGGUUUCAAUUAUUCGCGUUCUUUGCUGUUAUGAAAUUUCGUGGUUGUUUGAUUAUUGUGAUUUUGAUCUUUGAACCAUUGGGAAUAUCAGCAGAAUUAAAAUUACAGCCUCCUUGGCUCCAAGUGAUUCAAUAUGUGAACGAAAAUUACAACGUGAAAUGCGAAGGAGAAGGCGAUAAAAUAUGGUUGAAUCCAACCGGACGUGAUGUGAAUACUGGAUCAAUUCCGGGUGUUUCUGCUGUGAAGAAACCUUUGGAAAAUGUUCUGCAGUUGAAAUUUAAUAAAAUUCGAAAAGAGCAUAAAGGGUUUUAUAAUUGUACGACGAACAUCAGAGGCAAGAAAUACAGCAAAGCAUUCGAACUAAUUGUGAUAAAACCAGCCACAUUUGAAAAUACCACCACAGAAAUAGUAGUAAAUGAAGGAACCGAAGCUGUUCUCGAUUGUUUGCCAGAUGGCGAACCAACCCCAGAAAUAUCGUGGUACUUUAACGAUGAACUUAUAGCUGCCAUGCUGCCAAUGUAUCCAUCAUCUAAGUACAGCAUGCAAGGGGUCUCUCUGAAAAUAGCUGAUACCACCUGGAAGGAAUCUGGAACGUACACAUGUCGAGCAUUUCAGAAAAUCUUACAAAAUAGAGAUGCCGAAUUAGUAUUUCGACUCAAAGUUCGACAUAAACCGGUUGCAUUGGAAAAAAACAUCACCGUGUAUGGAUUCCGAUCUGAGAGUCGAAACCUUACUUGCCAAGUAAUCGCUCACCCUACUGCGUAUUUCAUUUGGUACAGAGAUAACAAACCGAUUGAUCCGAAAAUUGACAAUUUGAAAAUCUAUAACGAGGAUAACAUUAGUAUAUUAGAGAUAUUCUACGCCAACAGCGGAGUUCUAGGAGAAUACAUUUGCGAAGCAGCUAAUCCAUUCGGAAUGCAAACCAUCAACAUCGAAUUACAAUCGAUUGAUAAACCCGAAACUCCUAAACUCCUAAUUCACGAUGUUUACCACACUUCGGUCAUCAUCAGCGUACAACCUUACCCCUCUUAUGAAUUCGUAUGCAAAAUGUUCUACACCGAGUACACGUAUUGCAGCUACGAAGAGAAAUGGAAAAAGGCCAAACUAAUCACCUGUAGGAAUAAAAAAAUCUCCAACACUAAUAAAACCCACUGUACCAUUGAUAAUUUAAAACCGCAGACGAAGUAUUCGGUCAAAGCAGAAUUAAUGAAUCCGGGAGGAAAUAGUAAUUCUUCGGAUGAGCUUUUAUUCAAGACGAGAAAAGAACCAAUUUUAUUAAGUUCGGCAACUAGAAUAAUCAAAUCGUAUUUUUUGUAUUUUAUUGUUACGUUUAUUAGAUGUACUAUUUUAUUUUAAGAAUAUUGUGAAUUCAAUACGCUUCGAGGUUUACCUGUAAUCAAAAUGAUUUUAUUAGCGAUGGGAUCGGAUUUUCUUUGUUAUUAUUACGAGAUUGGAGAUGUUAUUCUCAGGUCGUUCGUUCGUUUUUUUUUUUUUUUUUUUUGAAGCAGUGCGAUGGAAAAUUCGAUUGGUCAGUUCACAUUCCCAAGUUGUUUUAAAAUGUUGAAAAUAAAUAUAUUUUUUUACUCGUUUUA